GGGCUGGGACAGACGCUCCACCUGUUGCUGGCCAGGUUUCACUUUCGUCUCUCCCUCCCUGGAGCAGCAUGCCCAGCCACGCCACUAACUUAAGGCUGAAGCUGCCAGCGACAUGCUUCCUCCUCGAGAUCCUCACCAUCCUCCUCUUUGCUUUCUUCGUGCGUUACGACCGGGAGGCCAGCGCCAGCCAGUGGCACCAGGAACUGAGUCAUCGCAACAACAGCCACCUGGACAAUGACUUUUAUUUUCGCUACCCAAGUUUCCAGGAUGUCCACACCAUGAUUUUCAUCGGCUUUGGGUUCCUGAUGACCUUCCUGAAGCGUUACGGGUUUGGAAGCAUCGCCUUCAACUUCCUGAUAGCGGCCUUUGCCAUACAGUGGUCCACGCUGAUCCAGGGUUUCUUCCACUCCUUCCACAACGGCAAGAUUCAUGUUGGAAUCGAGAGCAUGAUCAAUGCCGAUUUCUGCUCCGGAGCUGUUCUGAUCUCCUUCGGAGCAGUUCUGGGCAAGACGAGCCCCGUCCAGCUGCUCCUGAUGACCUUGUUUGAGGUCACACUCUUCGGCCUUAAUGAAUACAUCCUGCUCAGCCUCCUGGGGGCCAAGGAUGCUGGGGGCUCCAUGACAAUCCAUGCCUUUGGGGCUUACUUUGGCUUGAUGGUAUCGCGGGUCCUGUACCGGCCUCAGCUGGACAAGAGCAGACAGCGGGAAGGCUCUGUGUACCACUCGGAUGUCUUUGCCAUGAUUGGCACGCUCUUCCUGUGGAUCUUCUGGCCCAGUUUCAACUCAGCCAUCACCGCUCACGGUGAUGACCAGCACCGGACAGUAGUGAACACGUACUUCUCACUGGCUGCCAGCACGCUGGCCACCUUCGGCAUGUCAUCCCUUAUCAAUGGGGAGGGCAAGCUAGAUAUGGUCCACAUCCAGAAUGCAGCUCUAGCCGGAGGGGUGGUGGUCGGCACGGCCGGCGAGAUGAUGCUGACGCCCUUCGGAGCCAUGACUGCUGGUUUCCUCGCUGGCCUCAUUUCUACUCUUGGCUUCAAGUUCCUCACGCCCCUCCUGGACUCCAGGCUGAAAAUACAGGACACCUGCGGUGUCCACAACCUUCAUGGGAUGCCAGGGGUGCUGGGCGCCCUCCUUGGUGUGCUGGUCUCAGCGGUGGCAACUCAUGAUGUCUACGGUGAUGGGAUGUACGAUGUCUUCCCUUUCAUCGCCGAAGGAAGCUGGACGGCCAGCUACCAAGCCGUCAUCCAGCUCUGCGCGUUGCUCGUGACACUGGGCUUCGCGGUGAUUGGAGGGAGCAUUGUGGGUGCUAUACUGAAAAUGAACUUCCUGGCAUCCCCCCCAGACACGCAGUGCUUUGAAGAUCAGGUCUAUUGGGAGGUCCCAGAAGCGCAUCAUGAUGGCUAUGGACACAUGCCGCACAUAGCCCCGGAUGACCCAGACAAGAGCACAGAUGCCUAACGGAAGGGACCUGCCCAGCAAGCAAAACUUGACCCAGUCUGAGCCCAUCUGAUUCUACUUCUCCAAUGCUGGCAUUUGCCUUCCGCAGCUGGCUGGGGGCUGGUUGGUCUGACUUUGGGACAGCAUUGCAGCCUGACCUGGGACAAUGGGAGACAGAAUGAGAUCUUCACCCUGUGUCACCUCCUCUGGAGAUUGCAGCCACAUUCACAUUUCUGCGUGUUCAUUCAAGGAAAGAGUAAUCUAUGCCUAACGGAGGGCUGAGGUCACAACCACCUUUAAAGAGCAUCUUUCAAGAGCAAGAUGUGCUUGCUGGAAAGGAAGAAGUGGGUUCAGCCCCUGACUCUGAUACAGGCUCCCGGCAUGACAAGCUGAAUCCAAGCCAGCUGGAUUGUCCUACUUCUGUUUAAGAGCAGCUUCAUCUGGAGCUGCUGCGUUUGAACCUGCUUUUAACAAGACAUAACUAAA